AUGAGAGUGGACCCAUUUGGGGAUGAGAUUGAACAUCCGAUUCAUAUCCCGACUUUUAGAAAAAAGUCUGGACCAACAGUUAUACUCGAAGAAGGUGCCGCUGCUGUUAAAUAUUUUGAGUUACUAUUCACGCCAGAACUUUUGGAACAGUUAGUUUCUGAAACAAACAGGUAUGCAGCCCAAAGACUUGAGCACCCUUUCACCUCACCAUCUUCGAAAGAUAGAUGGGAACCUGUCACAGUUGUGGAGUUGAAAGCAUUUCUCAGGUGCCUUAUAUUUAUGGGCCUAUGUUCUCUUGGAGAGCUCAAAGAUUUUUGGUCUGAAGAGCUGGGGCAAGAAAGAAUAAAAACUGUUUUCAGUUACCAUCGUUUUAGAGACAUAUUCAGGUUUCUACAUUGUAAUGAUAACAGUGCUGUGUUGCCAAAAGGUCAUGAAAGUCAUGAUAAAUUGCAAAAAGUGAGGCCUAUUAUUAACUUGCUGCAGCAAUCAUUCCAAAGAUGUUGGGUGCCCCAUCAACAGAACAGUAUUGAUGAGGGCAUGAUUUCCUUCACUGGAAGGAGUCCUUUGAAACAGUAUAUGAAGGACAAGCCCAAUAAAUGGGGCUUCAAGAUGUGGAAGCUUGUAGAUUCCAUUUCUGGAUACCUAUAUGCUUUUGAUAUUUACACGGGUAAAGGGGAGGAAAGAGAGGUUGGUCUUGGAGAGCAUGUGGUUUUACAAAUGGCAGAACAUUUGCAACUUGGCCAGCCAUGGAUGCUUUUUUUUGAUAACUUCUUUUCCUCCAUUCCACUUAUCGACAAGUUGUAUGAAAGGGGCAUAUAUGCUACAGCAACAAUUCGCUCAUAUAGAACUGGGGUCCCAGUUGAAAUCAAAGAGGCAAAGCUUCAACCUGGUGAAAUGAUUUGGAGGAUGAAAGACCCCCAGACAGUCAUCACCAAAUGGAAGGACACAAAAGAUGUGAUUCUGAUCAGCAGUAUGUGUAGGGCCACACCAGGUGACACAGAUGUUGUCAAGAAGUCCCAAAGAGGCACUGCUGAAAAAAUUGUGCGUCAAUGUCAACCUUGCAUUACAGCAUACCGGUCAAAUAUGGGAGGUGUUGACACAAAUGAUCAACUGAUAGCUUACAACAGUAUGUCAAGAAAAUCCUACAGGUUGUGGCUCCCAAUUUUUUUUGAUAUGCUAAAAGAAGCUGUGGUAAAUGCCUGGAUUAUUCAGAAAAAUCAGCCAAAUGCCAUGAAAAUUGGGCAAAAGGAGUUCCGCGUCGAACUUUUUCAAGGACUGAUAGGAUCAUUCACAUCCAGAAAGAGAGAGAUUGGCCAGCAGCCUAACCCAUCAAAAAGAUUUGAUGGUGUUCAGCACUUUGUUAUUAGUUCUAGCAAAAGAGGCUGCUGCAAAAAUGAAUGUUGA